GAGCCGAGGCGCCCGCACCGCACCCCACCCCGCCCCGCCCGGAGGGCUCCCUCUCUUCACUCCCAAAUCCAGCGAAGGAAGGAGCCCCUUUCGCCGAAGAUGCAGAGCCCCUCGUGAAACGCGAGUUUGUUCCCCAGGACUCGAGGUGUAUGAUAAAGUGGCAGAGAUGUUCUCAGAAGCCUUUUUAGCUGUUCUGCUGUGCACGACGCUGACUCCUCUCCACGCUCAAAAUUAUGAUGAGGUUGGUGCAGCUUCGUCCUGCGCAGAUCAACCUGACUGUCCAAUCAGGGUGUACUUUGUGAUUGACACAUCUGAGAGUAUUGCGCUGCAGACUGCACCUUUGGGAAGUAUUGUGACCCAUAUGAAGAGCUUCAUCCCGGAAUUCAUCACAAAGCUGGAGAAUGAGCUCUACCAGAGCCAAGUGUCCAUCAACUGGCAAUUUGCAGGACUUCAUUUUUCAGAUGUGGUGAAAAUAUACAGUGAGUUCACCAACAGCAAGACGAUCUACCGCGAUCGGCUGGAGAGCGUUCAAUACAUUGGUCGGGGCACCUUCACAGAUUGCGCUAUCUCCAACAUGACAGCACAGAUCCUGGCCAAUCCAUCCCCUGGGGCUGUCAAUUACGCCAUUGUGAUCACUGAUGGCCAUGUGACAGGGAGUCCCUGUGGAGGAAUGAAGCUGCAAGCUGAAAGGGCCCGAGACGCAGGGAUCAGGCUCUUUGCAGUGGCCCCCAGUCACAACAUCUUUGAGCAAGGGCUGCGAGAGAUUGCCAACCCCCCGAUGGAGCUUUACCGUAGCAAUUACGCCAUCACAAAGAUGGACCCUAUCAGAAAAGAAUCAACCACCGAGAUAGAUUCCAAUACCAUUGAUAGGAUCAUCCAAGUUAUGAAACAUGAAGCCUAUGGAGAGUGCUACAAAAUGAGCUGCCUAGAAAUUGCAGGCCCACCUGGCCCAAAGGGGUUUCGGGGACAAAAGGGUGCAAAAGGCAACAUGGGGGUUCCAGGUGUUUCUGGGCUAAAAGGACGACAGGGUGAUCCAGGAAUUGAGGGUCCAAUUGGAUAUCCAGGUCCCAAGGGUAUUCAUGGUCUAAAAGGAGAAAAGGGAGAGUUUGGAGGAGAUGGGCGAAAGGGGGCUUUUGGCUUGUUUGGACGGAACGGCACAAGUGGGCAAAAGGGCAAACUGGGGCGCAUUGGACCUCCUGGCUGUAAGGGAGACCCAGGCAACAGGGGCCCUGAUGGUUAUCCUGGAGGUGCUGGAGAUCAAGGGUUGCCUGGUGACCAAGGGAUCAAGGGUGAUCCUGGCCGUCCUGGUCGCAGCGGACCACCUGGGUUGGUUGGAGAUAAAGGAAAUCGGGGACCAAAAGGCACCAAUGGAUCUCCUGGCACUCCUGGCACAAAGGGAGCCAAAGGUGGCCCUGGAACUCUUGGACCCAAAGGAGAACCUGGCCGCCGUGGUGAUCCUGGAACCAAGGGGGGACCUGGAGGUGCUGGACCCCCAGGCGGGAGAGGAGACCCUGGUUCUGAGGGCCAGAGGGGGCUACCAGGAGAAGUUGGAAACAAGGGAGGCAGGGGAGAUCGAGGAUUGCCUGGCCCACGAGGGACUCAGGGUGCUGUGGGAGAGCCAGGAAAGCCUGGCUCACGAGGGGAUCCUGGUGAUGCUGGUGUCAGGGGCGACGCCGGGGUGCCAGGUCCAAAGGGUGACAGAGGAAGACCUGGCUUUAACUAUCCUGGUCCAAGAGGAACUGCGGGUGAGAAAGGUGAGAAGGGCCUUCCAGGACCAGAGGGUGCAAGAGGUGACUUUGGACUAAAAGGCCCUCCAGGAAACAAAGGAGAAAGAGGUGAACCUGCUGAUCCUGGCCCACCCGGUGAGCCUGGACCCAGAGGACCUCCAGGCGAAGGAGGCCCUGAGGGUGGCCCUGGCCCGGCUGGAGAUCCUGGCCUGACUGAAUGUGAUGUGAUGGCCUACAUCAGAGAGACCUGUGGCUGUUGUGACUGUGAGAAGCGGUGUGGCCCCUUGGACUUAGUCUUUGUUAUAGACAGCUCAGAAAGUAUUGGCUACACCAAUUUCACCCUGGAGAAGAACUUUGUCAUCAAUGUGGUGAGCAGACUUGGUUCCAUUGCCAAGGAUCCAAAAUCUGAGACAGGCGCCCGUGUUGGGGUGGUGCAGUACAGCCAUGAAGGGACAUUUGAAGCCAUCCAGCUGAACGAUGACCGCAUUGACUCCCUCUCCAGUUUCAAAGAGGCAGUGAAGAAGCUGGAGUGGAUUGCAGGGGGCACAUGGACCCCCUCUGCACUUCAGUUCGCCUACAACACCCUCAUCAAGGAGAGCCGGAGAGACAAAGCCCGGGUCUUUGCUGUGGUGAUUACAGAUGGUCGCCACGACCCCCGCGAUAGCGAGUCCAACUUACCGGCUCUCUGCAGCAAGGGGGUCACUGUCCAUGCCAUUGGGAUUGGUGACAUGUUCAACAAGAAGGAGGAAGACGAGACCCUGAGCUCCAUUGCCUGUGAUGAUGACAAGAGAGUGCAGAGAAUGAAGCUGUUUUCGGAGCUGGUGGCUGACGAGUUCAUCGACAGCAUGGAGCAUGAACUUUGUCCAGAUCCUCAGAUUGUCUGCCCUGAACUGCCCUGCCAAACAGAGCUUGCUGUUGCCCAGUGCACACAACGCCCUGUGGACAUUGUCUUCCUCCUGGAUGGCUCUGAAAGAAUUGGUGAACUGAACUUCCAGAGAGCCCACCGUUUUGUAGAAGAUGUGGCUCGCCGUCUAACCCUGGCCAGAAGUAACAGUGACAAUAUGAAUGCGCGCAUUGCCCUGGUGCAGUACGGCAGUGAGAAUGAACAUAGGGUGGCUUUUGAAUUGACACACAAUCUCACUGUCAUCUCGGAUGCCUUAGAUCAGAUCAAAUACUUGGACUCUUCUUCCAACAUUGGGUCUGGCAUCAUCCAUGCCGUCAACAACAUUGUCAUCAACCCAAGAGACAGGCAGAGAGCAGCCAGGCGCAAUGCCGAGCUGUCAUUUGUCUUCAUCACAGAUGGCAUUACAGGCAGCAAAAACCUGGUUGAGGCUGUUGACUCCAUGAAGAAGCAGAAUGUGAUGCCCACCGUGGUGGCCUUAGGGAGCGAUGUGGACAUGGAUGUUCUGCUGAAGAUUGGUCUGGGGGACCAGGCAGCCAUUUUCCGGGAGAAGGACUAUGACAGCCUCUCCCAACCUGGCUUCUUCGAUAGAUUCAUUAGGUGGAUCUGUUAGUUGCAGGGAAGUGCAGUCUCCCACCGCACACCAAAGUUAUUAAUGUCCUAAAAAUGUUAUAUGGUUUUUAGCAAAUGCAAGUUGCCCAAGGGCAGCAGGCAAAGAUCUGCAGUGGAUUUAUUUUUAUAGUCAAAACCUGUAGGCUCAUUUUAAAUUUCAUGAUGAAACUCAGUUUUAUGGUGCUAAUUAAAACCAAGGUGGAGGAAGGAUCCAAAACUACACAGUGUAAUCUGUCAUGUCUUACAACUUUGUUUAAACAGACUUUUUUGUGCUGUAAUCCUGUAGGUGCUAAACAGAAGAGCAACAAAGUGUUCACAUUCAGCACAAAGAAUAAUCAUCUCCAACAAGGCUCUCCAGUAAACUGUCCUUCCAUCCCCUCCCCACCCCACACAUCAGCACCUAACGUCCCAAUAUCUGUUUCUAGAAGCUGGUUCCUUUACUGGGAGGUGGGGAUAAUUUGAAUUUUGUCCUGAUCCUGGUGCUAAAACCUCCUUACAGUAUUCUCUUUCCAAGGAAACCCUGCCAGUGUUUCCUAUGCAGCUGUGUCACAUCCCACCCUUUUUCACAGGCGAAAGCAGCUGCAGGAAAUUAUCAGCACUGAGUCCUGGACUUUGGGCCACUCCAUUAGUGAAUGCCUGGUCUUUCUUCCUUGCUUUUCAUGCGAUUGCUUAAUGGUUGCAGCAAAAGAAUUUUCUGGCACUUAACUGUACUUUGCAUGCAUUAAAUAUACUUUGCAAGCUUAAUUACGUCCACUUCAUAACACCAUGAGCCAGGGAAAGGGUGAGGAGCCGUGGAGAGGCCUCAUCCUGUGCUGACACCGUCCUGUUUCAGUCCAGGUGACAGCCAUUGCGACCUUUUAUGGGGAUCACGUUGGAUUGUCUCUGGCUCCCCCUGCUGCAGUGUGAGUUUUCACUCCGCAAUAUUUGCAAAUGCCUACUUAAGGAGAAGCCCAACGCUACCUGCCUUCCCUUGCCUCAAGCUCCUACUGUGUUUCCCUUUCCCCAAUCACAAUGAGUAGCACUGCUGGCAUGAAAUGAACAGCACAACAGGUAAACUUUGUCCUUCUGAGGUUUUGCUAUGCUGCAUGGCAGUGACUUUCUUAUGUACCCAACCCUCCUGUGGAAAGUAUGUCUCUCCUUCUAACUGCUGUUACCACCCUUUCUCCCACAUUAAUCACAAAUCACCUCCUCCUUUGAGAUACAGUGUGAAUCAUCAACUCAGACAUAAUGCAAAAACGUGUUGAUGGAUGUGCAAUGAAAUUGCAACUUCAGUGUAUUAUUGGGAUUGCUGUUUCUGCAAUAACAUCCUUACUUGAGCCAAAAUUGCACUCUUGGUAAAUAAACUCAUUUUCACACUAGCUUAAAAA